AUGGAUCUUGAAAUGUUGACCUCAAAGAUCAUGACUUUCAAUCCCUCUUUUGAGGAAUUUAAAGAUUUCAAUAAAUACGUUGAAAUCAUGGAGAGCCAAGGAGCUCAUUUGGCAGGCAUUGCGAAGGUCAUCCCUCCGCCUGAAUGGAAGCCACGCAGUAGACCUUACGAUACGGCCGACAUUGGUGAUAUCCAAAUCCCUGCGCUGAUCUCCCAGGUUGUGCGCUAUGGAGAAAAUGGCGUUCACGAGCAAUUUGGCGUUGAAACAAAGUCGAUGUCCGUUCGCGACUUUAAGAAACUGGCCGAGUCGGAGGAAUUCUGCAAAGGCCGCCCAGCUCUUGAUGACAACGAACGGGUUGUGAGCGCUUACUGGGAAAAGGACACCCCCAGUGGAGAGAAGACCAGUGGAGAGAACAUCAGUGGAGAGAACAUCAGUGGAGAACGGUUCUACGGCGCCGACGUCAACGGCUCACUGAUGGACGAAAACCUCGAGGUGUGGAAUAUCAAGAAGCUCGGCUCAAUUUUGGAAAAUGUCAGCAAAGCAGAGAAGUUUAGCAUAGAGGGCGUUAAUACACCAUACCUCUACUUCGGAUCGUGGAAGACCACAUUCGCUUGGCAUGUAGAGGACAUGGACCUCUACAGCAUAAAUUAUCUGCACUAUGGCGCACCGAAGACAUGGUAUGCGAUACCUCCAUCGCACGGACGCAACUUUGAGCGUGUUGCAGCCGGCUAUUUUCCAGCCUACUCAGGAAUUUGCAACGCUUUCUUGCGGCAUAAGACUGUCCUCAUUUCGCCCGACGUUCUGAAGUCGCACAAAAUCCCUUUCGACACGAUCACCCAAAAAGCAGGAGAAAUUAUCAUCACUUUCCCGUAUGGGUAUCACGCUGGUUUCAACCAGGGAUUUAACUGCGCAGAAGCGACCAAUUUUGCAUCAGAGCGCUGGAUUGAGUACGGAAAGCGCUGUGUACACUGCAGCUGCGGCAAUAGCUCCGUCAAGUUUUCGAUGGAAGCCUUCGUGCGAAGAUUCCAAAGUGACAAAUACGAAAACUGGCGCAAUGGACAGGACAUCGGGGAACACCCUGAAGUCUCCAACGAGAAAGUCCUGGCAAACCUGCCAGAUGACUUUGACAAGGCCCCUCCGAAGAAUGGCCGAAAAAUGAAGAAGACAGUAGAGCCCCUUCCUGUCCCCGAGCUGGCGGAUAUUGUCGAUAAGGACAAAGAGAAUCCUCGAAAUUACGGCCGAGGCUUGAGAAUCAAACGUCCUUCUGCCAAGCUUCGGGAAAGAAGUUUUUACACAGAGGAUGAAAAAGAAGAUUGGCUUAAGCGUAAGAAGAUGCGCAAGUGA